AUGGAAGUCCGGCAAGAUCCUCCUUCCGCCGUUGUUGAGGACCCCAAGAGCUCAAUAAGAGCUGCCAGUACCUUGGAUCAUCCCCGGUGCCAUAACGAACAGAAGAGAAAAGGAAGUCCUCCUUCCGCCAUGCUUGAGGACCCCAAGGGCUUGCAACCUGGCAUCCUCCUCCGCCUCCCGCCGGACGAGCUGGAGCACCUCUUCCGCGCUGCCCUCGUCUGCAAGCCCUGGCUCCGCACCCUCUGCGACCCGGACUUCCUCCGCCGGUACCGCGCCUUCCACGGAGCCCCUCCCCUUCUCGGCCUCCUCCACGGGCGCCAGGUCGUCGAGGGGGACCCCGACGCCCACUUUCCCUCCACCACAUCGAUGCCCGACUUCCCCCACCCGGCCUCCGACGGCCGCCGCACGCAACCCCUCGAAUGCCGCCACGGCCGCGUCCUCGUCCACAUGCUGGAGGACCGGGCUGUGGAUCUCCUCGUCUGGGACCCCGUCACCGGCAACCGCCAUGGCCUGCGCAAGCCGUACAUUAACUGGAUGACCUACAGCGGCGCAGUGUUCUGCACCGCUGACGGCUGCGACUACCUCGACUGCCAUGGCGGGCCCUUCGGGGUUGUCUUCGUUAGCAACAACGACGCGCUGGAUUUAAUAUGGAGGGCGAGCGUAUACUCUUCUGAGACGGGGGCAUGGAACCCGCCAACUUCUAUAUGCAAAGGGUGUGGAUGUCAUCUUCGUGAGCACAGAUGUUGGCUUAUUCGCGAUGGAGCUCUGUAA